UCAGCCUUAAAGGUGGCCGCCCGUUUUUAGUGUCGAUAGGCGCGCGUGAUUUUCCGCGAAUUCCGUGUUUAGUGGAUUUAGUGAAUUUGACAGAUCGGAGCGCGCUGUGAGUUACAGCGAGGUUAACGGUAGAACCUUUCGCGGAAAAUCGAUUAAAUCCAGGCAGACCGUGGAAAGACUCGCGCGACUACGUUCAUGCUGUCACAUGAUCGUCGCCGUUGCUCGCUAUAGAGAACUCGGCCGAUGGCGGCUGUCAACUGGCGUAUCUCAGCCCACGGUCGGAUGGUUCUCGGCCGUUUCUUGGAAAAUUCCGCCUGUCUGUAAAUAGCCGCCGCGCACUAAACGCGGCACAAUUUAUGCGACCGUUCGAUUAGGGAGCUUCUUAUAUGACAUCGGGCAAGGAAACGAUGGGUGAGCAACCAAUCUUUACGUGCAAAGCGCACGUAUUUCACAUUGACCCAAAAACCAAGCGGUCCUGGGUAUCGGCGUCAACGGCGGCAGUUUCAGUUUCAUUCUUCUAUGAUUCCACCAGAAGUUUGUAUAGAAUAAUUUCGGUUGAAGGGACAAAGGCUGUUAUAAAUAGCACAAUUACUCCAAAUAUGACUUUCACAAAAACAUCGCAAAAAUUUGGCCAGUGGUCGGAUGUUAGAGCAAAUACCGUAUAUGGCUUAGGUUUCUCAUCCGAGGCUGAGCUAGGCAAGUUCAUCGAAAAGUUUCACGAGGUGAAAGAAGCCACCAAGUUAGCUAGUGCCAAGUUACAGUCAAACAGUUCUUCGGUUACACCGGCCACCAGUGCAAAUGUCAGCCCCAUUACUUCACGAUCGGGUAUGCCGUCGUCGGAACAAGAUCUGAUCGAUCCACCAAAUUCCUCGAUGAUCAAUUCCAAUGUGUCAGCGUCAAACAACCCGAACCCGAAUGCCAAUAUGAUUUCCGCUCAGAACAGUGUGUCUUCGAUCACAGAGUAUUUCUCAGCAGAGUACAGAUAGUCCGCAGCAUCAAGGGAAAUCGGCGCAAUUGAGUUCUUCGGCGCAAAGUGGGCAGUCCGCUGAGAUGCAACUCAAGUAUGAG